GGAUUUGGUGGCGGGUGAGGGUGAGGGUGGACAUGGCACUCGAGCUCUAGACCAAGUCAUCUCUCCCAAUGCGCAAAACCAACGGCGGGGUGGAAACGCCUCCGGCUCAGGUGAGGACAACUCCCAAGGAUGGGAGAAUGUACCUUCCGACUCUUUGACGUCUUCUUAUCCUUCUAUCAACUUUCCUCCUCUUGAAGGUGACGCCACAAACGACCCACAAAGACACCCGCACGGUUCGUCGCACCGUGGAGAAGGCCCCGUAUUGGCACUUCCAGCUGUCGCACCUCCCUCAGUUACCCUUUCCGUCUUUGAUUCUUCCUUGUCCCGCCGCGCGAGGCUGUUGGCGCUCGCGUCCAGUUUGGCCAUCAAUUUGCUCCUCCCGUUCAUCAAUGGUGUCAUGCUUGGAUUUGGAGAGAUCGCUGCCAAGAGUGUAUUCAACUGGGGUGGAUGGAGUUCGGUCGCGGGUGCUCUAGGAUUGGGAAGUGGAUCGUCUCAUUCGCGAACGAUGGCUACGAGUCCUCGAACCAAAGGAAAGGGCGCCCCUAUAUUGUUAACGUUGCAAUAG